AGCUCCCCUAAGCCACCGACUCAUCCCCUUUGAGAAAAAUUGGUGACAAAGCUUGAGAUUUCUUCUUCUUUUCUUGUUAAAUAACAAGAUUUGGGGCUUAGAACUCUUUUUAAACCCAAGAAAAUCCCAGAUCUGCUCUAUCCUUCCCCUGUCCACGAGCUGUUCUGUUGGGUGCGAUUUCUGGGCUUUUUCGGUUCCGUGAAAUCCCCUCCAAAAUCCCGUUAGCUUCCAUGUUCGCCGGACCCGGCUUUUGCUUGCCGGACCCGGCUUUUGCUUGCCGGAAAAUUCUGGUAAGUUGCCGUCCCUUCCAAGUCCAAAUUAUCCAUGUAGUUGCUGCCUUGUGUUGAUUGGAUUUUCUGCUUUUGAAUUGCCCUUUUUGUUGUCCGAAAAUGGAAGAAAUUUAGGUGAAAUUGUGCUGGAAGGUGGAAUGAAUUUUGGUAGCUUUAAGUGGGUUUUUGUUUAAUUUAAGUGGAGGUUAGCUUGAGUUGGUUGCUAUGAUGUUAAUUGUGGAAGAAUCCUAUGACAUUCCGUGACUUGUUGUUUUGGCCAAAGCUCGGUUUCUCCAUGGCUGUCCGUGGAAUUGGAAACCAUUUAUAUGUGUGAUUGUAUAUACACAAUCCGAUUGUGAUACCCAAAAUUGGAUGAAAUAAAUAAAUAAAGAAAAGAAAUAAAAUUUCCUUAUGGGGUUAAUUGUCGGUAACAAUAGAAAAAUGAUUAAGUAUGUAGUUUUAUAUGGGUAGUAAUUUUUGGAUGUUUUGAUUAGGUCUAAUCGUUUUGUCAAUUUAGCACUGAGAUCCAGUCUUUGGUUUUAAGUGAGUGAGGUAAGUAAAUUUAUGAUAAUACCUGUACAGUUUUUAAAAGUAUCUUUUAACUUAUUUUUGAAAUGGUGACAGGACUAAACCUGUUUUAUGCAAAAGUAAGUAUGACUGAUUUGAAGUGAAAUUUUUAUGCUUUUCAUUAAAUUGAGCAUACCUACUUGAAAUUUAAUUGAUUGUCUUGAUAAUUUGAAAGUGAUUGGUGAAUUAUGAUUUUUCUGUUAACUUCUGCCUGUUUUAUCUCCGAUGUGGUUAUGUUAUUGAUGACCCUGCUAGUGGGGGUUAAAUGCUAGCACAUGUCGACAUGUUAUUGAUAGAACCGGUUCGUACGAGUGACCUUGCUAGUGGGGAUUAUACACCAACAAAUAUUGUAGCCUGCUAGUGGGAGGUUUAUAACACUGGUCAUGACCUAUAGAGGAGACGUCUAUUUCGUUCUCGCACUGUAAUUGUUUUUUGUGAUUACACUUGUUGGUAUGUUAUAAGUUUAAUUAAGGGCACUCCAUAUU